AUGGCUUCGUCUAUGCCUAUUAAGCUUCAGGAGCAUUUGCAGCUUGUGAAUGUUGGCAUUCAAACGGCUAGUAUUGGAUUUAAUACACUUACAAUGGAAUCGGACAAAUUCAUUUGCGUUCGCGAAAAAACCGGUGACAGUCAGUACGUAGUUGUCAUCGACAUGAAUGAACCCAAUAAUCCGACAAGGCGACCUAUUACAGCGGAUUCUAUUAUCAUGAAUCCUGUCAGCAAGGUGAUGGCGUUAAAGUCUGGAAAUGUUCUUCAAAUUUUCAAUAUUGAACUAAAAACAAAAAUGAACAUGCACAAAAUGCCGGAUCCCGUCAUAUUUUGGAAAUGGAUUAGUGUCAACACAAUCGCCCUAGUGACUGCUACUUCUGUUUACCAUUGGUCUAUUGAAGAUAAUUCUACGCCUGUAAAAAUGUUUGAUCGACAUUCUUCUUUGGCUAACACGCAAAUAAUCAACUAUAGGACAGACGAAAGUUGCAAAUGGUUACUUUUAAUCGGCAUUUCUGUCCAAGAAAAUCGUGUUGUUGGCUCGAUGCAACUCUACAGCGUAGAUCGUAAGGUUAGCCAACCUAUCGAGGGUCACGCUGCCGCCUUUGUUCAAUACAAAGGUGACGGUCAACCGAACCCAACAACCCUCUUCUGUUUUGCUGUCAGGACUGCUCAGUCGUGCAACCUCCACAUCAUUGAAGUCGGUCAGCCACCUGAAGGAAAUCAACCGUUCACAAAAAAGAACCUUGAUGUUUACUUUCCGCCUGAAGCACCCAAUGACUUUCCGGUAGCUAUGCAGGCUUCUCAAAAAUAUGCUGUGGUCUUUCUGAUUACAAAAAAUGGAUACUUGCAUAUUUACGACAUUGAAUCGGGUACAUGUAUUUACAUGAACCGGGUCAGCAGCGAAACCAUCUUCGUGACUGUUCCAUAUGAGGCAACGUCUGGAAUAAUGGGUGUUAACCGCAAAGGACAAGUACUUUCUGUAAGCAUAGACGAAGAAAACGUUGUCAACUACAUAAAGGGAGCCUUGAAUAACCCGUCACUUGCCCUUCGAAUGGCUGCAAGAUGUAAUCUGCCAGGUGCAGAAGAUCUUUUCGUUAAGAAAUUCGACUCCCUGUUUCAAGCUGGACAAUAUAAUGACGCCGCGAAGGUUGCGGCCAGCGCUCCAAAUGGUAUUUUGCGGACACCACAGACGAUUCAAAAGUUUCACCAGGUACCGAACACGGCGGGUCAAACAUCCCCUCUCUUCCUCUAUUUCGGUAUUUUAAUUGAUCAAGGACAAUUAAAUAAAUAUGAGAGCCUGGAACUUUGUCGACCGGUCCUACAGCAAGGCCGCAAGCAUCUCAUAGAAAAGUGGCUCAAGGAAGAUAAACUCGAAUGCUCGGAGGAACUUGGCGAUCUUGUCAAGCAGGCUGAUCCUACUCUCGCUUUAUCGGUCUACUUGCGUGCAAAUGUACCGCCGAAAGUUGUUCAGUGCUUUGCGGAAACUGGGCAAUUUCAAAAGAUCAUUCUCUACUCAAAGAAGGUCAAUUAUUCUCCGGAGUACAUCUCUUUAUUGCGCAACCUAACGCGCAUUAACUCUGAUCAGGGUCUCCAAUUCGCCCAGAUGCUGGUUCAGGACCAGGAACCCCUCGUCGACCUCGAACAAGUAGUGGAUGUUUUCAUGGAACAGGGAUUGGUCCAGCAAUGCACUUCCUUCCUUCUCGAUGCACUGAAGCACAAUCGGCCCUCGGAAGGCCAUCUACAGACCCGUCUCCUCGAAAUGAAUCUGAUGUCGGCCCCUCAAGUUGCUGAUGCUAUUCUCGGCAACCAGAUGUUCACUCACUACGAUCGUGCGACCAUCGCUCAAUUGUGUGAAAAGGCGGGUCUGCUCCAGCGCGCCCUCGAACAUUACACCGAUCUCUAUGACAUUAAGCGAGCUGUUGUUAACACUCAUCUUUUGAGUCCAGAGUGGUUAGUGAAGUAUUUUGGAUCUCUCUCGGUCGAUGACUCCCUGGAAUGCCUUAAGGCGAUGCUACAUGCCAAUAUUCGCCAAAAUUUACAGGUUUGCGUGCAGAUUGCAACUAAGUAUCACGAGCAACUUGGAACAAAUGCUCUCAUCGAGAUAUUCGAAUCCUUCAAAUCGUUUGAGGGGCUUUUUUACUUUCUUGGUUCCAUCGUAAAUUUCUCUCAGGAUCCCGAGGUCCAUUUCAAGUACAUUCAAGCCGCCUGCAAGACUGGGCAAGUUAAGGAAGUUGAACGAAUUUGUCGUGAAAGUACUUGCUACGACGCUGAACGUGUUAAAAAUUUCCUGAAGGAAGCAAAACUCACUGACCAGUUGCCCUUAAUCAUUGUUUGCGAUCGCUACGAUUUUGUCCACGAUCUCGUUCUUUACUUAUAUCGCAACAACCUUCAAAAGUAUAUUGAGAUCUACGUGCAGAAAGUCAAUCCUGGCCGCUUGCCUGCAGUGGUUGGUGGGUUGUUGGACGUUGACUGUGCUGAUGACGUCAUCAAGCAAUUAAUAGCUGUCGUCCGAGGGCAAUUCAGUACCGAUGAACUAGUGGCUGAGGUUGAAAAGCGCAAUCGCUUGAAGCUCCUUCUUCCUUGGCUCGAGUCCCGCAUUCACGAGGGCUCCGUGGAACCGGCAACUCACAACGCCCUUGCUAAAAUCUACAUCGACGCUAACAACAACCCUGAGCGCUUUCUCCGAGAAAAUCAAUACUACGAUAGCUCCGUGGUGGGCAAGUAUUGUGAGAAGCGCGACCCCCAUCUUGCUUGUGUGGCCUACGAGCGGGGUCUUUGUGACAAGGAACUAGUUGCUGUGUGCAAUGAAAAUUCCCUCUUCAAGACGGAGGCUCGCUACCUUGUGCGUAGGAUGGAUCCAGAGUUGUGGGCAGAGUGUCUAAGUGAAUCCAAUGCUUUCCGACGUCAGUUGAUCGACCAGGUGGUCCAAACGGCUCUCUCAGAGACCCAGGACCCGAAAGAGAUUUCUGUUGCUGUUAAGGCUUUCAUGGCUGCGGAUAUGCCCAACGAAUUAAUCGAAUUGCUCGAGAAAAUUGUAAUGGACAAUUCGGUGUUCUCGGAUCACCGAAAUUUGCAGAAUCUGCUCAUUCUAACAGCUAUCAAGGCUGAUCACAGUCGGGUAAUGGAAUAUAUCACGAAGUUGGAUAAUUACGAUGCACCUGACGUUGCCAAUAUUGCUAUCACGAAUGGACUCUAUGAAGAGGCCUUUGCCAUUUUCAAAAAGUUCGAGGUCAACAACUUGGCUAUGCAGGUACUUAUUGAUAACAUUCAAAAUCUCGACCGUGCGUACGAGUAUGCUGAGCGCUGCGACGAGCCUGUUGUCUGGAGCCUUCUGGCCAAGGCCCAACUCGCAGAGGGUGUAAUCAAGGAGUCCAUCGACUCCUACAUCAAGGCCGGAGACCCAGCCAAUUACGAUGAGGUUAUUCGAGCUGCAUCAGCUGCCAACAACUACGAAGAUCUCGUCCGAUACCUCCAGAUGGCAAGAAAGAAGGCUCGUGAGACGACCAUUGACUCGGAGCUGGUCUUUGCCUUCGCUAAGACCGGGCGUUUGUCGGAUUUGGAGGAGUUCAUAGCAGGACCUAAUCACGCCAAUAUUACAUCUGUUGCAGACAGGUGUUUCGAGGAGCAGAUGUUUGAGGCUGCCAAGCUGUUGUACAACAACGUGAGCAACUACUCUCGUCUGGCCAUUGCUCUAGUUCACUUGGGUGAGUAUCAGGGGGCUGUUGAGGCCGCUAGGAAAGCCAACUCUACCCGCACCUGGAAGGAAGUCUGCUUCGCCUGUGUGGACCACGGGGAAUUCCGUCUCGCGCAGAUGUGUGGUCUCCACAUAGUUGUCCACGCUGACGAACUGGAGGAACUUAUCAACUACUACCAGCAGCGGGGAUACUUCCAGCAGCUUAUUAGUCUCCUUGAGGCUGCCCUUGGUCUUGAACGAGCUCAUAUGGGCAUGUUUACUGAACUGGCCAUUCUUUACUCCAAAUUCAAACAGGAAAAGCUGCGGGAACACCUGGAACUCUUCUGGUCUCGUGUUAAUAUUCCAAAGGUUCUACGAGCUGCAGAACAAGCCCAUCUCUGGGCCGAACUGGUCUUCCUCUACGAUCGCUACGAAGAAUAUGACAAUGCUGUACAAACUAUGAUGGCCCACCCGACCGAGGCGUGGCGUGAGAACCAUUUCAAAGAUAUGAUCACAAAGGUGGCCAACCUCGAGCUCUACUACAAAGCCAUUCAGUUCUACCUAACAUAUAAACCCCUACUGUUAAAUGACCUCCUUACUGUCUUGAUCCCCCGAUUGGAUCACACUCGCACAGUUGCCUUCUUCACCAAAGUCGGCCACAUUCCUUUCGUGAAGCCCUACCUUUGUGUCGUCCAGCAGAGUGGCGCGAACAUCAAAGCCGUCAACGAGGCCUUAAACAGCUUGCUUAUCGAAGAGGAGGAUUAUCAGGCUCUCCGACAAUCCAUCGAAGCCCACUCUAAUUUCGACAACAUCGCCCUCGCUCAAGUGCUAGAAAAGCACGAACUGACUGAAUUCCGUCGACUUUCCGCCCUCCUCUACAAGGGUAACAACCGGUGGGUACAAAGCAUUGAGCUUUGUAAGCGCGACAAGCUCUAUCGGGACGCGAUGCAGUACGCAGCCGACUCCCGAGAUCCCGAGACGGCAGAAGACCUGCUGCGUUGGUUCCUCUCUGAAAACCUCCCAGAUUGUUUUGCUGCCUGUCUUUAUCAGUGCUACGACCUCCUGCGACCCGAUGUUGUUCUUGAACUGGCAUGGCGAAACGGCCUGACUGAUAUGGCCAUGCCCUUCCUCAUCCAGACUAUGCGCGAGCUCACCACAAAGGUUGAUCAUCUCGAGAAGUCUGAACGAACUCGUUCCGAGGAAGAGGAAAAGAAGGAACAAGCUGUAAACCCCCUUGUUCUCCACACCGAUACCCCGUUGAUGCUGACAGGCUCGAUGAUGCCACAACCUGGCGGCUACGGAGCAGGAAUGAUGGCGCCCCCUGCCGCCGGUCCCGGAAGUUUCUACCCCACCAACGGACCCUCCUACUAA